GGCGAGUCGGGCGCCGCCCCUGCGGCAGCGGCGGCGGCCCGGGGCGCGGACUACAGCUUCCUGGGGCCCGGGCCCGCGUACGACUUUCCGGGCGCUCUCUCGCGGCCGGCCGACGACAGUGGGGCGCACGUCCACUAUGCCACCUCGGCCGUCUUCUCGGGCGGCGGCUCCUUCCUCCUCAGCGGCCAGGUGGAUUACGCGGCCUUCGGCGAGCCCGGCCCCUUCCCGGCGUGUCUCAAAGAGCCAGCCGACAGCCACCCUGGGGCCUUCCAGACCGCGUCGCCGGCCCCGGGCACCUACCCCGAAUCCACGUCUCCCGCCUCCGGCCUCCCUGCCGCCUUCAGCACGUUCGAGUGGAUGAAAGUGAAGAGGAACGCCCCUAAGAAAAGCAAGCUCGCUGAGUAUGGAGCCGCUAGCCCCUCCAACGCCAUUCGCACGAAUUUCAGCACCAAGCAACUGACAGAACUGGAGAAAGAGUUCCAUUUCAAUAAGUACUUAACUCGAGCCCGGCGCAUCGAGAUAGCCAACUGCUUGCAGCUGAAUGACACCCAAGUCAAAAUCUGGUUCCAGAACCGCAGGAUGAAACAGAAGAAAAGGGAACGAGAAGGGCUUCUGGCCACAGCCACCCCUGUGGCCCCCCUCCAACUUCCCCUCUCAGGAACAAGCCCCACCAAAUCUGGCAAGAACAUGGGAAGCCCUUCUCAGGCCCAAGACCCUUCGUGAAGUUCAGUCUUGAGGCUGAGGAACAUUGGCCGGCAGAAGUCGUAGGCCACCCCCACGCCUAUCUAGAUUUAGGAGCUUAGCUUGGGAUGGAGGCCAGCAUGGGCAGAAAUUAAUACGAAUUUCAAUUGGGAAAGGAAGUAUCUUAGUUGGCUUCUGAGUUCCAGGCUGUGUGUGUACAGAUUUUGAUUCGAUGUCUAACUUGUUUGCAUAUUAUCUGUAUCUUAUCAGGGAAAGGAAAGGUGCCCAGCUGCCAGCCCAGCUCUGCUGCUAUGUUGCCUAACAGUCAUAUGCAAUUCUUGGGUGCAGAGUGUAAACCAUUAGUUGCUGAGUUCUGCCAACCCUCUGAUGUGCUGAGAAGCACACCUGCCCAAAGUUUUUUUCUGGUUUUAAUUUAAAGAACAAGGCUACGAUGUAUUCAACUUCUUAAGAUGACCAAGGCUAAUAAGGGUCUUACUUGAUGUGGCUAAACUGCUUCAAUGAUGCUCUUCACAUUUGCACUCCAGUUUUGCUUUUGUCUUUUCUUUAAAAAACAGUUUCUACCUCUCCACGUGCCUGAGUGAAGAUACAAUCACUGUUUAGUUUGUAGCUGAACAAAUCCACAGGGUGGGUAAAGUUUAGAACUGCAACUACACCCUGACCUCAGUUAUUCAAACUUGAAUGUAGAUAUAUACAGUAUGUAUAUUUUUUAAGAGUUUUGCUUGCAAUGAACUUAUAUAUGACAUUUAAUGUCAUAGCAUGUAAAGGGUUUGAACGUUUUUGUAAUAAAAAUUACAGAAUCUGCUA